UAUGGUUUUUCAUAUCUAAAAGCAGCUCUGGAAGACCAAGGUGCCGCUCGUCUCGUCGGAAACCAAAGCGAAUUCCCAACCCAAGUCCCCGCCGCGGCCACUCGGCACCCGCCAAUAACAGAGUCCAAGAAAGGUAUAAAUACGGAAGCCAACCGAUUCGUCUUCCUCCUCCUCUCGACCCGCCGCGCUCUUCUUGCUAUCAGUAUCUGAUAAUCAACGAACCAACGAAGAAGUCAUCUGAAAACAGAAUGUCGAAUCGGUACAACCAAGACGCAAACAAGGGUUUAAGGAAAGACCAGAGGAAGUACAUACCCAAGAAUCAAAAUCAUGCCUCAAAACAACUCCCCAACCCUAAACCUACGCUUUCCACUUCUCUCAGACAAUCGCUACCGAAGCCAUCCGAUUCUGCUGCUGUAACCACUGCUACUGCGCCAUCAAUGAGUAGGAUUCAGAUGGGUGCCAAUGGAGAUUGGGUGUCUAGCGGAGCUAGUGGUGGAAGUUUUGUGAAUUACUUGCCACAGGACGAGGCUGUUGCCACUGGUCUUCGUGCCGAAGAUGGAGCGUUGGAUCCGGUGGAAUCUCAAAGAGUCGUCGACCUUUUGAACAGAGAGUUGUCUCGGCUGCUCAAGUUGAGUGCUAAAGAGUUUUGGACAGAAGUGGCUAAGGAUACUUCCUUGCAUGAAUUUCUCGAUAGCUUCCUAAAGUUCAGGAGUAGAUGGUAUGAUUUCCCUCAUCGUGGAGCAAAUGGAUUAGUUGCAGGGGUCAUCGUUGGAGAACUUGAAUUAAGCCGCCGUGUUUUCAUGGUAUUAUAUCGCAUGUCUUCCAAUAGGGAUCCUGGAGCACGAGCUGCUGACAGCCUCAGUUUAAAAGAUCAUGGAGUUCUUCUGCAGGGAAAGAAGUUGCUUGACCUUCCAAAGUUACUUGAUAUAUGUGCUAUAUAUAGUCACGAGAAUGAAGAUUUAACUAGAAUACUGGUUGAGAAUGCUAUGAAUUUGCAGCCUAGUAUUCAUGAAAAUUUAUCAUCAGUUGCAUCUCACUUCCUCGGCAUUGUCUCUAUGAUGCAUCAAAGGUGCAGCUCAUCUCUUGAGACUCUCUUUUCCUCCAAUAGCCAUGGGGAAAGUGGGUACAGUAGGCUUCAAGCUGACUUCUUGGAGGUGAUUGAUUUUAUCAAUGAUGCAAUUGUGACUCUGGACUCCUAUGUCACUGCAUACAGAUCGGCAGCUAUAUUCUUCUCCUCUGCAGUUGAAGUAAGUUGUGGGAAUGAGGAUUUGCUCGGAACUCUUGCUAGGUUGCAUGAUUUAUUACUUCCAUCUUUACAGCAGGGAUUCCAAAUUGUCUUCGUUCCUAGAGGAGAUGAUAUGAUUUCUAAUGUAGCAACAAGUUUGAAAAUGCUAGCAAUAAGAAUUGUGAGAUUUGGUUGGAAACUGCUGGAAGCUUGCUAUCUAGGGGACGAUGUGUUUAGAAAUGACCUCCCUGUUCCAGUCUCCAUGAAGAUGUUUCCAGCAAAUGUAGAAGAUCCUGUCAUAAGAGCAGAUAUUUUGAUUCAAACUUUGAGAGAAAUCAACGGAAUCUCGCAACAGGUUCCAGAUAAACAACUUGGUCAAACAUUCCUCCAGCGUAUGGAAAAGAACCACUUCAUAAUGAACAGAAUCAACAGUUUACGAAACAAUGGAUGGGUACUUGUCGAUGAUGAACAACUUGAUUAUCUAUCGACGAUACUGAUGUAUACCACCACAUCUAAUACCAAGGAACCCCCCGUGAUGAACCACGUAUCAGAAGUAGAUGAAGAUGCUGCAAUGUUGGAGUCUAAAAUCUGUCAAAUAAAGGAUCUCUUCCCUGAGUAUGGCAGUGGGUUUCUAGCUGCAUGUCUGGUAGCUUAUAAUCAGAACCCUGAAGAAGUGAUCCAACGAAUACUUGAGGGGACACUUCAUGCUGAUCUUCAGUCUUUGGACACUUCCUUAGAAACAAUGCCAGUGCCCAAUUCUGGUGCGAGUGUUGAUAAUAGGAAUGACAAAGGAAAAGGAAAACUAAUCGAGUCUUCAGCAGUUCCCUAUACCAACCAAGUCCCUCGGGGUAAAGAUUUACCAAUGGAAGGCCCUUCAGUUUCAUCAGCUUCUGGUGGUAGGUUUGUUCGAAAAUCUAAAGAUGAGUCACCAUACUCAGAGACCCUCGACAGGAGAAAUGAAGCAGAUACAGUGAGGACUGCAGCUUUAAUUUCUCAAUACGAGUAUGAAGAUGAGUAUGACGACUCUUUCGAUGAUCUUGGUAUCAGUAUAGCAGAGACAGCUACAGAAGAUAAUGAAGACUUGGUGGGUCAAAAGCUGAGUUCAGAUUUGGGUAACUCUUCGAACUCGAUGCGUGGAAGUUCGGCUCAAAGUGCUUCCAACUCUAAGUGGGGAUCUAGGAGUAAACCACAAUUCUAUGUCAAGGAUGGUAAGAAUUAUAGUUACAAGGUUGCAGGUUCGAUUGCAGUUUCCAAUUCUGAUGAGGCAUCCUUAGUUAAUCAAGCUCAGAAAGAACUGAUUUAUGGACUUGGACGUGGAGGCAACUUGCCGCUUGGGGCAGUAAGAAAACUGACAGAGUCGGAGCAGGAUAGCGAACCUGUUGUUUCUGCAGUAGAUCCAAGAGAUGGUGUACGGAAGUCCUGGGGAAGAGGAAGGAGGGAAGGUGGAACAGAUGCAGCCAUCACUGAAGGACAAGGUAAACAAUCAAAUGUGGCUGAGGUUUCAGACAGAGGGAGAGGCGGGAACAGGGGCCGUGGACGGAGGGGGGGAGGAGGGGGUAACCAUCACAGGAAGGACAGAGCCAUGAAUAAACAUUUUGCUGGAUUAUCUGGCUUCUGAGUUAAUAAAUCGGAUCAGCAGUGUUUAUAUUCCCUUGGAAACCCCCAUCCCCUGCAGUUCCAAAUACAGAAAGUUAAGGUGUGUCUUUUUUCAGUCUAAGACACAGUCGAAUGUUGCAUACGACCGAUAAGCUCCCUAUUAGUUGAAUUGAACCUCCGCAGCACAGCUUUCCUCUAUGAGAGGAUGUAGCUGACUAGCAAAUUUUUAUAGUAAUUAUGAAAGUUCUGUUUUAUCUUAGGUUUUUGUUUGUCUCGGUGCAUUGUCGGAAAAUAUGGGUGAAAGUCCAAGAUAUGAGAGAAGGUUGUGCAUUCUAACCUCCACAGCAAGUCGUUGAUGAUCAAAUGUACAGAUAUGUACAGUAGGGUCAUCCUCUCUACCCAAGUUAGAAUUUUAAUUUUGUAACUGAAUGCGAGUAUUUUUUGGCUGAA